AUGAAUAGUCUUGAGUGCAGGGCUAUUAUAGAAGAAGAGAUUAUUAGUGAAGUGCAUUCUCAUUGGUGGAAGCACCUGGUAGCUGGAGGAGUGGCGGGAGCUGUCUCAAGAUCGUGCACUGCCCCGCUUGAUAGGAUCAAAAUCUUUCUGCAGGUUCCCAAAAAUAAAACUCCUUUAACCCUGAGAAACGCCAGCAGGGCGAUUUGUAAGGAGGGCGGGGUUUUCUCGUUCUGGAGAGGCAACGGAGUCAACAUUGUCAAGGUCGUUCCAGAAAUCGCCAUCAAGUUCACCCUUUAUGAUGAGAAGAAGUUGAUGCUGUAUCGGGAGAACGAGGAGGCGGGGAUGUUUGAAAGGAUGGCUGCCGGAGGUUCCGCUGGUUUCAUAUCGCAAACCAUCGUCUACCCGCUCGAGGUUAUGAAAACUCGUCUGGCCCUUCGACAAACCAAUCAGUCGAGCUGGUCGUGUGUGAGGGACAUAUUUCAGCAGGGAGGCUGUUCACCCAGGGCCUUCUUCCUUGGCUACUCUGCCAAUGUUGUGGGCAUCGUGCCCUACGCAGCUAUUGACCUUGCUGUUUAUGAGACAUUGAAGCGGAGGUACAUGGAGUACACGAACACGACAGACACGCCACACAGUUUUGCUCUGUUUGGCUGCGCAUUGAUGAGUAGUCUUCUCGGCCAGACUGUCACCUACCCUCUGAAUCUCGUUAAAACUAGAAAGCAAGCUACAAUUGUUUCCAAGACGUCACACCACCUCUCGUUGGCAAGCUACCUACGACUCAUCUCGAGAACGGAGGGCAUACCCGGGCUCUACAGAGGCCUCUCUGCCAACCUGCUCAAAGUCGGGCCUGCAGUCUCCCUCGUCUACGUUGUGUAUGAGAGGGUUAGAGAAUUUCUCGACGCUCCCAUGAGAUAA